UGGAUUAGAGAUAGAUAAAAACAUGGCUUGGAAUACGAUUCCCAAACAACAUUCUAAACAACAUGAUGGAAGUAGUUGUGGUGUUUAUGUCUUAACGUUUGCAGAACGACAUUUAAGAAAUGAACAACUAACUGAUAUUGGUCAAUAUGAAAUCAAGUUGGGUAGGAAAAGAAUAGCCAAUAAACUUUUAUGGUUUGAAGUUUAUCUAUGUGAUUGCUGUCCUGUCUGUGGAUUCAUGAUUCAGGAUGAUCAAGAAAUGGAAAAAUGUAGGCUGUGCAAAAGAAGUUUCCAUAAGACACCAUUUUGCAUGGGAGACCAACACCAUUUACAAGCAGAUAGAUUUGAAUGCAGACAAUGCCUUGUCAAUACCUGGACAAAGGAAAAUAGCUGCCAAAAUGCCUUGAAAAGUGGAAAACGAAAAUCGGAACAGAAUCUGACAGCAGAAGUCACAAUGGAUAAAAUUAGUAAACAAGACCAGAAAUCACCAAUUGAAGUAUGUUUAGAUAUUCUUCAAAGUAAUGGUUUCCAUGAAGAUGCAUGCACUACCUUCAUUCACAACUUAUCAUGCAUUGAUUGGCACAUAAGCUGGGAAUCUAUUGUUGAAAUAUUUGCCAAAGUGAGGACAUGUGUACCAGAUGUUGCUGACAACAUUAUCACCUGCUCAAAAUCUAGAUCUCUAGGUCAUUUUGGAGAUGGAUAUAUAGACUACAUUCCCUUGAAGUUUAAAAGGGAUCACAUUUUUCCUGCAGACAUGGAAGGAAGUGGCACAUGGACCUUAUUUAGAUCUGUGUCCAUUUUGUUUUAUGGUGAUGAAUCACAUAUGCAAUUUGCAAGGCUUCUUACCAUCUGUAAUGAAAUUAUAGAAAUAGGAAAGGGCUGUGAUUCAGAUGACCACCAAAAGGAUCUAAUCCUGGAGGAGAUGAAAAAAGAAUUUGACUCCCCUUGUUGUGACAUGGAAGAUGAAUUGGCUUUAUAUCACCUGAUGCGUAUACCAAAUGCACUUAAUCUGAAUAUACAAAUACUCAAAGAAGGAGCAUCUGUUUAUUAUGAAGGGCAAAAUGGCAAAAGAUCAAUAAGCAUUUUGGCUCUUCAAAAAGUAGGAGAUCUAUGUUUAUCCUUUCUCCCUUUCAUGGAAGGAAUUUUCCUGAAUGACAGAAAGAUAUCCGACCAUAAAGAUAAAUGUGGUGCAGGAGUAUUUUGUCAGGGAAAUUCACUAUAUAAAAAGUGCUUAAAAUGUUUCCAGACAUAUCAUUCAAGUUGUAUUAUAUCUCAUGAGGAAGCAUUUGUAUGUGGAUGUCAUAUCCGACGACCAUAUCAUCCAAAAGACCUCAAUAUAUACAAGGAUGAAGUGAGGUUCAUUGAAACUCUGGAUAUGGUAGAUAUAAAGAAAUUAUGUAACAAGAUUAGAAGAACAGAGUUGCCUUCUUUUCGUUGGAAUGUUUUCAGACAGUUCAAUUCUAAGAAAAGAAAAGAUGUGAAAACGUUGAACUGCCUUCAAUUCAUUCCUUCUGAAAAUAUAUAUAUUGAACUGAGGAAUAAGAUCAGCAGUAAAGGGGCUGUAAAAGAAAAUGAUGAGAAGCUACUUGAUGUCUUUUUACCAGAGGUGAUGGUAAGCUUUGUUAUGAUGGUGGAAGGUCUGAACAGAUUUCAGUCUGAGCUGUUCUUGCGUACAGAUAUUCACAAAUUGAUACAACCUAGUAGUGAAUGAGUUUACACAAGAUAUUUGAAGAAAACAAAUAAGUCGAUUUAUUAUUGAUGAUUUACCAAUGUUUUCAUAUAUAGAUAAAAUAUUGUGAGAUGAAAGAUAUUGUAGUAAAUUGAGCGUUAAUUUUGCUUGUAUAAACAUGGUUGUCCUUACCGAAGUGUGAAUUAUGUGCUUUGUCUUAAGCUUGUCAAUAUUAUUAACAAUAGUGUCUUGAAAACCUAUGUUAUAUCUUUUUGACUUUUGGUAGUUCAAAGUAAGUCAGCAUCAACAUGAUCAAGCUAUUAAAAUGUUGGGGUAACUAUGAAUUUAUGGUGCACAACAUGUGUAUUGAAAAACUUACAAUUACUUCUAGGGCGAGUUAGGGAGAAGUCCAAAAAAUAAGUGUAAUUCCAGAUAAGUUCUAAGAUUACACAACUUUUUCAUCCAGUUGAAACUAUCUAGGCCCCUGUUAAAACAUUGCACCAUGAAUGAUACUUUUAAAUGAGACCUGUUUAAACUACCGUAAAAAUUUAAACAAACAAUUUUUACUUCAAUUUUAAUUUCGAAAAAGUGGAUCAUACUUUAUCAAUGUUUCUUACUGAUCGCUUUCUAAAGUUUUUCCUCUCUCAGCUCACUACUGCUGAUGACCUUUAUUUUCGGAGGCCUGACCCAAACAGGAAGUUGUAUAAAUGACUGUUUUCCCCGGAUUGGAGUAAAUAGGGUUAAUGUGUAUAUUUUGCUUUCAUUAAGUGAUGUUUAUAUGAUUGUCCAAAACUUAAUGCUAAGUUUCAUACUUCUUCAAAAUAAUAUGGUUAAAUAUAUGUUGGAAAUAUUUUGUCUGCAAUUUUAUUACUUUUGCUGAUCCAGGUAUAAGAGUGAAGUUAAUGAAAUUAUGAACCUGAAAAACUUUUAUUUUACUAAAUGGUGAAUAAGAGAGAUGUCUAAAUAAUUAUUUAUGCAAACCAAAUUCAUUGUUUACAAAACAAUAUUUAAGAUAGUAUUUCAAACGUUUGAUUGGUCUAAAUGUUUGCUAUUUUGUAAUACAAAAGACUUUCUACCGCCCAGACCAUUGGUGUCAAAAAGUAUUUUUAGCCAAAAAAGUCAUAUACAACAUUUUCGAAGCCCAGCAACGAUAUAAUAGCCUUUCAAGAUGUCAUAAUUAUUUGGACUAAAUUACACAGUACUUUCCAAAAAUGAUUUGAAAUCAAUGUGGUUGUUGUCAGGAUGAACGCUGAGCGUAUAAUGUCAGACAAGAUAAAUGUUAUCCAUCAUUGUCCAUAAGCCAAAGAUUGAUAAAAAAAAAUUAAGCUUGAACAUGUUGAAGUUGAAAUUCUAAAACAAUAACAAAUCUGCUGAUUCAUAUCGUAUUACUAUCAUUCUUACCACUUAUAUUCGGAAUUGUUACAGUGUCCAAAACAAAAUUAAUAAAACCCUUGCAAUAUUUCAUUUUCAAUAUUUUGUUCAAAGAACCCUAUGUUUACUGCACUGUGACAAAAUUUAAAAUGAUGUAAUGCAGCCUGUGACGUCAAGUGUGAUUCGCUGUAAUUCGAAGCGAUAUAGUUUGUUUGUUAUUUGCUUUUUUAUUGUAAAUAUUUUUAUUUUUUGGUAAUUACCGAUAAACAGAAUAAAGGACUUUUUGUAUUUGAUACUGACUUUAUCACUGUAAAAUAUCAGGCUCGCCCUUCAGGCUCACCUGAUAUUUCACAGUGAUAAAGUCAGUAUCAAAAACAAAAAACAUUUAUUGGCUCAUGCUUUGCAACAUUAUACACUAUUUUGGUUAUACUGUUGAGUUACUUUAGUAUAUACAUUUCAAUGAAUACAAAUUUUGAUUAUUUGGAAGAAUGAAAUAAAGUGACCUUGGACCUGUGUAUGCAAAAAAUUGAAUGCUCUAAUUGAAAAAGAUAAUUAAGUUUAAAAUAGAAUUUAAAACAUAUAACACUUAGAAAAAAUAAUGUGCAAAGCCCAUUAGGAAUGAUAAAUAAAAAAAAACCAGAAACACCCGUGUCAAAUUGGGUACAAAUCAUGCAAUGGAACAAAGUAUUUUGUAAUCAUGAUACAAAUUAUGGACCACAUGGUGUAUAUAUAUAUAUGACCAGUAUGUAUUAUUAUGUUGAUGCAGUAUAUUAACAAUUAGUAAAUUUUAUGAUUCUGAAGUACAGUUUAUUUUUAGACUUGACAAUCGAAUGAUGUAAAUGUUUUCUAUUUGUGUUCAUUGUUAAAUUUUGGCCAGGUAACCAUCUGUUACUUCUAUUUUAUUUCACUUGUUAAAACCUUAUGUAUCAAUGUU